AUGGCUCCAACAGCGUCAGAUCCAAGGGAUCUAAGAUUGGUUCUCAACCCAGCUCGCCGUAAAGCUUUUACCCUAUUGAUCGGCAGCAUGGUCGCUCAAAUGCGGAAAAGUAUGGAGUACUCAUUUGAGCCAUUAUCAACACCAAUCGAAACACCGGCUUACACAACUCACGCCAAUUACAGUGUGCCGCAGUCAGAAGCAUCGGACCAGCAAAAGCUAGAGAGUCGACUAGAUACCUCUCUCCCAACCACUCAGCUGAAUGCUCUCAAGAAAGAUGCACUCAGGUAUUUUGAUAAAUGGUCUGAUGGAGUAAGAGUAGAGCUAAGAAAGAUCACCGACGGUCAGGACGACCGUGGGGCUGCUCAGAGACGAGAAGAGUGGCUUGCCAACAGAAAUCCCCCACCGCCGCCGUACUCCCCUUUUGCAACCACAUCACGCACGCCAGAGCAAGCGGCGUCCGCUGCAACCGCAGCAUCGAGAGAAGCGAGGGAAGUGACCAAAAUUCAGUCUCUGUAUACUCCAAUUGCCACCCGCUUCACCACGAUAUCGAGAGAAGAUAGGGUUCAUGUAGUCAGUUGCAUGCUUUUACUUCUGCUGGCCUCGGGCCACUACUCUGCGCAUUCUCGCACGCUGCUUUGUAUUCUCACUUCCUCCUUUGCUCUUCCUAUUUCUGUUCUUGCAACUGAAGAAACUGAGGUUUCACGCACCCUUCUAACCGCAUCCAAAGCAAUGACAGCUGAUGCGGAGACGUUGAAGCGAGCUCAGGAAAAUCAAAGCUCACGCCGCUGGAAGGUAGGGCUUGCUUCGGUCGCAGGAGCAGCGCUGAUCGGGGUAACGGGAGGAAUUGCUGCUCCUGUGGUAGCCGGUGCUAUUGGAGGGUUGAUGGGAGGGAUCGGCCUUGGGGGAGUCGCUUCUGUACUAGGUAUAUUCGCUAUGAAUGGUGCUCUUGUAGGCACUUUGUUUGGAGCUUUCGGUGGGAAAAUGACAGGUGAAAUGGUUGAUGCUUAUGCCAGGGAAGUGGAAGACUUUAAUUUUAAACCUGUCGCGUCAGAAUGGGGAGAACACACAACAGACCCAGCUGCACUGGGCGAAGCUAGACGCCUCAGAGUCACAAUUGGCAUCAACGGUUGGUUGAACGAGAAAGAAGACAUUGUUCGGCCUUGGAGAGUUUUGGGCCAGGAUUCCGAGGUAUUUGCGCUGAGAUAUGAAAUGGAAGCAUUGUUAAGUCUGGGUUGUUCUAUAAAAGACAUGGUUUCAUCAUACGCCUGGUCGUAUGUGAAAUUGGAGAUUCUGAAGAGAACGGUCCUUGCGAGUUUAUGGUCUGCUCUAUGGCCAGUUUAUCUACUCAAGGUGGCUACGUCUCUCGAUACACCCUUUGCGGUCGCCAAGCACCGCUCCGAGAAAGCGGGAGAGGUUCUCGCCGAUGCUCUGAUCAAUAGAGCACAGGGUGAACGUCCAGUAACUCUGAUCGGAUACUCUCUCGGUGCUCGUGUCAUAUAUUGUUGCCUAAAGUCACUAUCAGCUCGUCGAGCUUUUGGUAUUGUGGAGAAUGUAGUUCUCAUAGGUGCUCCUGUCCCCUUGAACCGUCAGAACUGGCAGGAGAUGCGAGCGGUUGUUUCUGGAAAGCUCGUCAAUGUACACUCAGAGAAUGAUUAUAUUCUGGCGUUUCUGUACAGAGCUACGAGUAUCCAGUAUGGUGUCGCCGGAUUGCAACCGAUUACAGGCCUGGAAGGCGUCACGAAUGAAGACCUUAGCAAUGAUGUUAGUGGGCACCUGAGAUAUCCAGACCUCGUCGGCAAGAUACUGAAGAGGAUUGGCAUCGAACAUGUCGAUGUCGAAGACGAAGAUAUUGAAGUCGAUCCCGAAAUAAAGAUCAUUGAUAAUGAGGAUCUUAUCGACUUUGGAGAUAACACCAAAGAUUCGGAACCACUAACUAAUCCCUAUCAUGGUUCUCGGAUUGUAGAUAACCACUCGACGCACCAAGGCUUGAGUAGAGAUAUGACUACAGCGGCACAAUGGGAAGAGUCGAUGGGUUCAAGUCAAAUUCUGGAGAGACACACAUCGACAUCUGGUCUUACCGCAAUGAUGGCGGGUACAUCUUUAGAAGCCCGUACCCCACCUACCUCGAUUACCACCGCGUCGUCUACUCACCGACGAGAGGUUACCGAUCAAACACACAUAGCAGGCACUUCUUUAUUGGUCCCUAUGAUACCGAGGAUAACAUCACCUGUUUCGCCAGCUCCACCUCUUCAUACCAUCAAAUCUACCGCUGUUACGGAAGAUGACCACUAUUCAUCUUCAGAUGACGGGGGUAUCGUAAUGGAGGAUAACGAUGAUUAUUCAGAAGAUGGCCACCUGCCUGCUGCCAGUCAGAGCCAUCCUCAUUCAUCGACACAGAGGGACAAUCAUCAUGAUCAAGCGGGUAAUUCUCAACAUGAUCGGGUCGAUCGACUUAUAUAUGACAAUUUUGAAAGAGGCGGACCAACAUUCGAUGAACCAAAGAGCUUAGGCGGAUUUCAACAGUCAACGUGA